AUGGGUCUUUCAUUCUCUAAAUUGUUCGAACAGUGGUUCGGAAAGAAAGAAAUGAGAAUUCUAAUGUUGGGUUUGGAUGCAGCAGGUAAAACAACCAUUUUGUACAAAUUGAAAUUGGGAGAAGUGGUCAGCUCUGUCCCCACAAUCGGAUUCAAUGUUGAAACUGUGGAAUACAAGAACAUCAAAUUCACAGUAGUGGGAUGUCGGAGACUCUUAUGGAGACAUUACUAUCAAAACACACAAGGUCUCAUUUUCGUCGUUGAUUCAUCAGACAAAGAGAGAGUUGAUGUUGCUAGAGAAGAAUUGAUGAGAAUGUUGGGUGAAGACGAACUCAGAGACGCUGUCUUGUUGGUCUUUGCCAAUAAACAAGAUAUGGGUGUAAUGACAGUCCCUGAAAUCACUGAAAAAUUGGGAUUACACACUCUUAGAAGAGAGUGGUACAUUCAAGGUACCUGUGCACUCACUGGAGACGGAUUAUAUGAUGGUUUGGAUUGGUUAGCUAAGACAGUUGGAAAGAAGAAGUGAAUUAUAAGAACUUUUUAUAUAUAAAAUCAUUGUCACAAUUUAAUUAA